AAGCAGGCCUGAUAUGAGGAAGAAAAGGAGAGGGGGAAAGGAGACCUGGCCUUGUAAUAGGAAGCAUGGAUUGUCCCCUUGUCUAAGCAGGGUCCACCAUGGUUUGCAUUUGAAUGGGAGACUACACACGUGCGAGCACUGUAAGAUUAUGGGGGUGGAUGGAGGCCCACCCUUAUGGGGUCGGGCCGCUCUAGGAAGAGCACCUGGCUGCUUGCAUGCAGAAAGGUCAAGUUCCCUCCCUGGCAUCAUCUCCAGACAGGGCUGAGAGAGACUCCUGCUGCCUGCCUGCAACCUGGGAGAUACUGCUGCCAGUCUGUGCAGACAGUAGUGAGCUAGAUGGACCGACUCAGUACAAGGCAGCUACCUAUGUUAAUAAGAUGGUACCCUGUCCCCGAAGGGCUCCCAAUUGAAAAAGAAAUCCAAGAACAAGCACCACUGGAGGAAGGCUUUUCCAGGGCUGGAGAGGGACUGUCCCGCCUGCCUCCCUUGGCUGUGUAUAAGGAAGCCCCCACUUUGAAAGCUGACCCCCUACUAACUGAAGAAAGAGGCACCUUUUAAAGUAGCAGCUCUGUUCUGCUUAGCAUGGGGAGAGACAAAGGGUUGCUAUUCAGCCCCAGCACAGCACAGCACAGAGAGAGCGCCUUUCCCAGAUCACAGAAGUCUCCUCUUGAGGUGCUAAUUGGAGUAAUUAGGAAAUGACACUACAGGAGAGGCUGGCUGGCCUCACUUUUUAUCCAGCCUAGCCUGAAGCCUGCAAUAUGGCUAGAUGUUUCAGUAGCCUGAAGUUCUGCCUUCUCUUCCAAACCAUCUGCUUUUCACUGGCACAGAUUCAAGGUCCACCAGGAGAACCCGGACCACGGGGGCCCCCAGGUCCGCCAGGAGUGCCAGGAGCUGACGGCAUUGAUGGGGACAAAGGACCACCGGGGGCAGCCGGAAGCCCUGGUACCAAAGGAGAGCCAGGCCUUCGGGGCCCAGACGGCCCUCCCGGGAAAGCUGGCAUUGACGGUCUAACAGGAGCAAAAGGAGAACCAGGGCCUUUCGGGAGACCAGGCCCCAAAGGCCAGCCUGGACUUCCAGGGCCCCCCGGACUCCCAGGUCCCGGACUGUCAGGAGCCCCUGGUACUCCAGGCCAGGUUGGACUUCCUGGAGAAAUCGGCGUUCUGGGACCCAAGGGUGAACGUGGACCAGACGGGCCGCAAGGACCUCCAGGGCCCCCUGGGAAGCCUGGCCCCGUCGGGCGCAUCCAUGGAGUCGAAGGCAGUGCUGAUUUCUUGUGUCCUACCAACUGCCCGCCUGGACCCAAGGGCCCCCAGGGACUGCAAGGCUUGAAGGGACACAAAGGCCGCCCGGGAGCUCUGGGAGAAUCUGGCAGGCAGGGCAAGCCGGGUCCAAAGGGUGAUGUAGGCCUCUCCGGAGAACAAGGCAUACCCGGCCCUCCCGGCCCCCAAGGUCUCAGGGGAUAUCCUGGAAUGGCAGGCCCUAAAGGGGAGAUGGGCCCUCGUGGUUAUAAAGGAAUGAUCGGGACCAUUGGAGCUGCGGGGCCACCGGGCGAAGAAGGCCCCAGAGGACCUCCAGGACAGGCUGGUGAGAAAGGAGACCUUGGUGCUCGUGGUAUCAGGGGUCCCCAGGGAGGAAUCGGUCCUAAAGGGGCAAAUGGUCUUCCUGGGAUUGACGGCAAAGACGGCACCCCAGGCAUCCCUGGGGUGAAGGGAAACGCAGGGCAACCAGGACUUCCCGGGCAACCUGGCCAUCGAGGACAAGCUGGCUUGCCAGGCACUCCUGGAACCAAAGGUGGCCCAGGGCAGAAGGGUGAGCCAGGUGGGCGAGGCCUGCCUGGUUUGUCUGGGUCCCCUGGGAAGAUGGGUGAACCUGGACCUCGAGGAGAAGCUGGAAUGCAAGGGGUCCAUGGUGUCAAGGGAGAUCGGGGCGAGAGGGGCCCAGUGGGCCUUCCAGGGCUGCAGGGGAAAGUGGGUCCUAAAGGGGAGCAGGGUCCCCCAGGAAUCCCUGGCCCACAAGGCCUCCCAGGAGUGAAAGGUGACAAGGGCGUCCCGGGGAAAAUUGGACCCAAAGGCGACAUUGGUGAUCCUGGUGUUGAAGGCCUGCCUGGGGAGAAGGGAGAGAAGGGUGAAUCGGGUGAGCCAGGACCCAAAGGACAGCAAGGUGUCCGGGGGGAGCCUGGUUUCCCUGGUCCUACGGGGGACUCGGGAGCACCUGGCGUCAGAGGUUUCCCAGGACCUCCAGGUCCUCGAGGCCUUGGUGGGGAGCGUGGCGUGCCUGGAAUGCCUGGACCUCAAGGUGCUCCGGGCAGGGACACGGGAGAUCAGCACAUAGUUGAUGUAGUCCUAAAAAUGCUGCAAGAACAGCUGGCUGAGUUGGCCGUGAGUGCGAAAAGAGCAGCCCUGGGUGGGGCAGGUGUCAUGGGCCCCCCUGGGCCACCAGGACCACCAGGACCUCCCGGUCACCAAGGGCCACACGGACACCCUGGCCCUCGUGGCAUCCCGGGAAUCAUAGGGUCUGGAGGACAGAUUGGCAACACUGGACCCAAAGGGAAGAGGGGUGAGAAAGGGGAGCAAGGGGAACCUGGACGUGGUCACCAAGGGAUGCCUGGGCCGCCAGGUAUACCAGGUCUCCCUGGCCAUCCUGGCCAAGCCAUCAAUGGCAAAGAUGGCGAACGAGGUUCUCCGGGUGUCCCAGGAAUAGCAGGACGGUCUGGCCUACCUGGGCCUGCUGGCCUUCCCGGAUUCUGUGAGGCAGCUGCCUGCUUAGGAGCUUCUGCCUAUGCCUCGGCCCGCCUGACGGAACCCGGCGCCGUCAAAGGACCUUCAUACUGAAUGGUGAACGUUCUGUUGCAAGCUUGACUUCAUUGUGUCCUCAAAGGCUCCACCACUGGCAUCAAGGGACCAACACAACCAAGGCUGCGGCCAAAGAGAUGGGUACCUCCAAAACGGAAAACCCUAUUGGGGAAAAGCAACCUCUGCCUAUCAUUUGGGCAGCAAGGAUUCGUGCUUUGCUGGUGAGAAAACAACACUUGGCCACUGUGAGUAGCUGAAAUCAAGGUGAAUUUGGCAGCACGAGUGAAAGUGUGUAUAUUGUGCGAACUUCCUCCUAAUAUCUUGGACAGAAAAAGAGCGUGGAACCGCCUCACUAAAUGACUGCUACUUUUGUUAUUAACCCCACCCCCUUCUCACCUUCAUGAAAAUGGAAGCAUUAUGCCAAUGUAAUUGUUGCCAAUCACAGGAUUAUUUUUUUAUGUUGUAGAAGCCUCACCCCAUCUGGUCUUUUCUCCUGACUGGCGGCUGGGUAGGAGGAACUCCUGCCAGGUUUUUUGAGCUGUGCACACUGCUGAGAAACAGUGCAAACACGUGUUGGCAAAAAUUGAGAUUGAAGAAUGGGGGAGUGAUGGUGUGCCCGCCUCCAUCUGGGUAGGAUGGCAGUGGGCAGCAGGAAAAGCACGUUCCGCCCCAGCCUACCCAGAUGGCAGCUUGCAUGCAAUUACUUUCUCCUCCUCCUGCCUCCAUUUUUGCUGACACACAACCAUUUCUUGGGGGUGUGCAAGAGACUUAGACCUUGACUGGACGUUCCUCCUACUCCGAUUUUGCUUGUGAGAACCAGCCCAGUGACAUUGCUAUGUUGUUGUCAGGUAGAGAAGUGCUUGUAUGAAGCAGUGUCAUAUGGGGGGGGGGGAAUCCAGAGUUACCAUGUGAAAGAAAUUCCUUGAAAUGUCGUGUUUUUCUUCAUUGUGGAGACUCCUGAUUUCCCCAUGGGAUGGCUGCUUCAAACAUCUCACCAUGCAAAAAAUAAUGUGGUGCUGUGGGCAGUUUUUAUCACUUAAAAGAGGAAAAAAAACCUCCUAUGAACUGUCUUUAGAUAUAAUUUUUUUCUUUAUCGCUUUGAUUUACUGUGUUUUCUCUCUUGUUUUUGCCCCUUUCUAGUAAACCUCUAGUCUGUUAAUAUCAUCUUGUUAUGCUAUAUUGUCUUUGCGUGGUAAGAUUGAUCUCCUUAAAUUUGUUCUGGUUUUCCCCACCUGCAUUACUAUUUCCCCCCCUUUUUAUAGUAUAUAAUUUGUGGUCGAUUUAUUUAAUAGUGUACACCAGAGGCAGUGAGUUAUCACCCCAAAGCUGUAAAUCUUUGUAAAAUAAGGUUAUUUUAUAAAUACUAAUUAAGAAAAUCAAUAUUUUUUUUCUUCCACAAAAAAUAGCUAGUCAGACCAGACAAUAAAAUGAGGAAUGAAUGUCAAUGAACUUAA